AUGGCACUUGGAGGCAACUGCUAUGAUUCUGACUACUACUGCCUGGAAGUGUAUGAGAUAGAGAUAAAGCCUGUCCGCGAGCUGACGGCUGCACGAGAAGUAGCACUGGAAGCUGGAGAAGGAGCUUCGAGAGCUAUAAGCAACAUGCUUCCUGUGGAUGCAAACCAAGAGAACGUGAACCAGGGUGGCGAUGGCAGCCAGGUGCCCGAGGAGCCGAACCAAGCGGUGGGUCCGCGGCCCUUCAACCAGCAGCGAAUCCGGCGCAUUAGGUUCACCCCGUGGCAGCGGCAGGAGCUGGAACGUGUUUUCCAGCAAACUCAAUACCCUGAUGCAUUCACAAGAAGGAAUCUUGCAAUACGCAUUGGUGUGACUGAUACCAAAGUGCAGGUUUGGUUUAAGAAUAAAAGGGCCAAGUGUAGACGAAAUCAGAGGGAAUUGAUGCUCGUCAACGCACCACCUGCUGAACCUGAAUUCUUUCUCCUCAUCGUAAUGGAUGACUUCUAG